AUGAAUUGGUUACAGGUAUUGUACCAUCUGUUGGAGGAGUUUGCUGGCAGAGGCACGGUGGAGCUCAGCGAUGCUCUACUGGGUGUGUUGAGCUUCCUAAUCGCGGUGGGCAUGGUUUAUGGCAUCAUGGCAGCUGUCACCUCUCGCUUUACCUCACAGUCACGUGUCAUCGAGCCACUUUUCAUCUUCCUUUACAGCUACCUGGCAUACCUGUCAGCUGAGGUGUUCCACCUGUCUGGCAUCAUGGCUCUCAUUGUAUGUGGCGUGGUCAUGUGGCCCUGUGUGGAGGCCAACAUUUCCCACAAGUCUUACACCACAAUAAAGUAUUUCCUGAAGAUGUGGAGCAGUGUGAGUGAGACGCUCAUCUUCAUCUUCCUCGGUGUUUCCACGGUAGCAGGACCGCAUCACUGGAACUUUAUCUUCAUCAUCCUCACCAUCAUCCUCUGCCUGAUCUCCCGUGUACUGGGAGUGGUGGGACUGAGCUUCAUCAUGAAUAAAUUCCACAUGGUGAAAUUAAUGGGAAAAGACCAGUUCAUCGUGGCCUACGGCGGCCUGCGGGGAGCCGUCACCUUCUCACUGGCCUUCCUGCUCUCCAGUGAACACUUCCCCAUGAAGAACAUGUUCCUUACUUCCAUCAUCACACUCAUCUUCUUCACAGUCUUUGUUCAGGGAAUGACGAUCCGCCCACUGGUGGAGCUUCUGGCAGUGAAGAAGAAAAGCCACACCAAGUUUACAAUAAACGAGCAAAUACAUACACAGUUUCUUGACCAUGUGCUGAUGGGAAUCGAGUACAUCUGUGGUCAUUAUGGACACCUUCACUGGAAGGACAAGCUGACUCAGUAGCGCUACAUGAGGAAGUGGCUGAUCUCAGGAGACAGGUCUGAGGAACCACAGCUCAUCUCCUUCUAUAAUAAACUGGAGAUGAAGUAG